AUGAAAUACGAGGCACACAUUAAUAUAGAGUGGUGCAAUCAAAGUACUUCAAUUAAAUAUCUCUUCAAGUACAUCAACAAGGGUUCUGAUAGGAUCUCGGCUGUUAUUGUUCCAAACAACACUGGAACCGAUGGAAAUAUUGAUGAAAUCAAACAAUACCUUGAUUGUCGAUAUGUCUCACCAAGCGAAACAUGUUGGAGAAUCUUCUCUUAUUCAAUUUAUGGCAGGAAACUAACUGUUGAAAGGUUAUUUUUUCACAUGGAAGGAGAGAAUUCUGUAUACUACAAAGAUUUUGAACAUAUUAGAACUCUCCUUCUUAAACCAAGUGUCAUAGAAUCAAUGUUUACUUCUUGGUUUGUGGCAAAUACUCGGUAUGAAGAGGCAAAGUUAUUAACAUAUAGUCAUUUUGUGUCCAAGUUUGUUUAUGACAAGAAGAAAAAGGUGUUGGAAACUGCGUAA